CACUUCGUUCAGCAAUUAUUUAGGUGGAGUGGUGUUGUACGAUAUGGCGGAUGAGGUUGUGGCAUACUUCGACAUUCAGCUCGCGGGUUGUGAUCCUUACAGUCUGUGAGGCUCAAUGUUUCGAUGAAUGCAGGGCACUCACACUCACAGAUACACAUGGCAACAUUGAAGUAUGCGGUAACGAACAAUUCGUGCUGGGCAGAGACUUGAAGUGGUGAGAGUGGUCGUGUCUUGUUCGAUGGUGCUGCAGAUACUAACGCGGACGUUAGCCGCUACAGCUGGCACGACGACCUCACCAUUUCCAGAGAACAUCUUCGCAUUCAUUGCAUUCUUUACGAACAAGACCCUGUUGCUGAUAUCGCCCCUUUCGUUUAUGCAACCGAUCUCUCAGCAAACGGCACUUACCUGAAGAAAAGCAACGCAGAAUGCACAGGCCCUCAAGAGAGAGGGAUCUUGAUGGGCAAGAACGGCACCUUCCUUCUCGAUCAUGGAGACGAGCUUCAGCUAUCAGAGAACGUCACCCUGGUCUAUCACUCGUUCGGUACGGUCAAGCAGAGCAUCCUCACAGCGACACAGGAGCGCGAGAAGGCUAUCCUCUCGUCUAGAUAUCUCGUCACUGGCCGCCUGCUUGGUGAAGGUGGGUACGGCAAGGUGCUCAUUGGCAUUGACCAGAGGAUCCAACGUCAGCUCGCUUGCAAGAUCGUCAACCUCGAGAAGCUCUACGAUCGCAGGGCGAAUCUACGCAUGCCUACGAGUAAUGGUCAGUGGACCUCCAGUCAAGCGAUCAAUCGGCUGCCAGGCAAAGUUCAGAGCUGUUUCCGCGAGUUCGACAUACUGAAGGAUCUCAGUCAUCCUAACAUCGUUCACAUACAGAAGGUCUUUUGGAGCCAAAGCACUAUAUACAUGUUUCAGGAGCUUGUAACCGGCGGGGACCUCUUCUCGUACAUCGAGUACAAGCAUGGCAAGAUUCCAAGCAUCGAGUCGGCGGUCAUAAUUCGGCAGGUCUUGAAGGGUGUCCAGUACCUCCACGAUCAAGAUAUUGUGCACAGAGAUCUCAAACCGGACAACAUCCUGAUGACAUCCCUCGACAGCGGCGCUCGUGUCGUUAUCACAGACUUUGGCAAUGCGCGGUUUUUGCCCAGUGCGAACACGCAGAAUGACUACAGAUGCAACAAACUGAAGCGAAUGUUCAGUAUGGUCGGCACGCUGGAGUAUACUGCGCCUGAGAUCCACAAAGCGAACGAGGCCAUUCCGAGCCAUUACGGCUACUCUUUGAGCGUUGACAUGUGGUCCAUUGGAUCGAUAACAGCAGCUAUACUCACUGGCGAACAAAUCUUUAGCUGUCGACAGGAUGGCCCCUUCGAGGAAGAUGCUCGACGCGUCAUCAUUGGCCUUGCUGCACAAUGCGACCUUAGCAUCCUCGAUGACAAGUACCAUCCUUUAUGGGGUCCCAUCGGCCAUGCUCCGAAAGACUUCAUCAAGCGUCUCCUGGUCUUGGAGGAGGAAGCCCGCAUGUCAGCGGCAGAGGCCCUGAACCAUAUCUGGUUUACGCACCCAAUGAUGGCAGCUGAGUUCGAAGCCCAGUACGAGCGAUCUAUCAGGGGCUGGCGUCCACGCCACAAAGACGACCAGCUCAUCGAACAAAUCUCGACGUUGAAGCCGAGUUCUGGCCCACAGCAGGCAUCGAAGAGCAAUUCAUUCAAUGGUACGGCGUCUCGCCUUUUCGCUUCCAAACAAGCACCAGGUAGAGAUGUACCGGCAGACGACUACCAGCGUACGGACGAACCACAGCCAGACAACCAGUUCGCAAGCCAGCCUGAACCUUUUUCGUACGACAAUGGCUGUGUAUACAAUGAAGCACGACAGUACGACCAGAUAAAGAGUUACACUCAGCUCGACGAGCACUAUGAUGUAGCCCGUGACUGCACUCACAGUGAACAACAGAAAUACGCUGAACCCGUCGCGGACGAUCCGCCAAUGCCCCAAUCGAGGAGACAUGGAGGUCCGAACAAAACCGCUGCUGGUCAGCUCCAACGCGUGAGUACGUCGACGCGGGAUAAGUACUUCGAAAGGGAGAUCGUUGAUCUGGACGAUCUCGAAGGACCAGGUGCUGAGUUGGAUGAAGAGAUGGGUGCAGCUCACUUUGGCCACGAUACGCUUAACAAUUCACAGCGUCGAGGGAGAAUCCGGCGUGAGGACACCGUGCAGGUGUGCACAACUCCAUCUGCUGACGACGAAGGACAUGAAGGCGUGGAUCUGUGGUGGUACCAGCGCUACCCACAGACUCAAUAUCACUAUGACACACAGGCAGAGCCCAUCACGCAAGAGGAAGAUGACGUUCUGGUGCAGGAGACUCCUCCCGAGGUAUUCUUGAAGCCGUCGCGACCCAGGGCCAGGAAUGUGAGCAGAGGCGACUGUGCCUUCGAACAGCGUCACGGACAUCGACGAGUCUACGAAGCGGCCUUCGCCCACAAGAUUAACAAACAGAGGAAGGUUUAUGGCCGACAACACUGAUCUACCAAAUUUCAUCUACGACUAAUCUCCAAGCGCAACUAACCGCGACAGUUUAGUGCAAAGACUAUGGCAAACCUAUCAAAUUUAUCCGUCCAUCGGACAAGGUAGCACAAGAU